AUGGAGGAGGAGGAGGAUGCUAUGGACCCCGUUCACGAGACUGAGGUUGUAGCUCGUGGAGGUCGUGGAGGCCGAGGACGGGGUCGUGGAGGUCGUGGUGGUCGAGCUCAUACUCGAGUCAAUCCGGAUGUGCUAGAUGGUCCAUUUCCCGGUGGACAGCGGGAUCCGUCUUUGAUUCCGAGUUUCAAGUCGCACGAACGUCCGGUUGGACGAGUGGAGUCCCGUAUCAACUCCCUGAACCAUUUCAACUACGAGAAGAUAGCAGCUGCCCUAGAAGACAUAGAUGUAUCCGCAGACAAGCAUUUUCUACGGAUGACCGGUUUGUAUCCCCUAGCCCGAUGUUAUUUACCGCGCCUAGAUGCUCCGCUGUUGUUUGCAUUCGUGGAGCGGUGGCAGCCGGAGACGAACAACAUCCAUAUGCCGUGGGGAGAGAUGACUAUCCCUCUCCACGAUGUCCAAAUGAUUCUAGGUGCCAAUGUGGAGGGACGGGUGGUGGCGCCUAGGUACGACGAGGUCAUCGAGCGGACAAACUGCGUGUAUUUACUGUCCGAGGUAUUAAACCUCGAUGUUGAGGAGAUUGACGAGUCAUGGAAGCAUGGGGGGCCCACAUGGAGGAUGAUACAGAGACAUUUGUUGAUGUCCGACACGCCCAUGAGACGCCGAGUUCAGAUAUAUCUGGUGUUUCUCCUCAGAUCGAUUUUAUUCCCCGACAAGACAUGUGAUCGGGUGAAGCCGUGGUAUACGCACGUGCUCGAGGAUUCAGUACUUGAUCAGGUCGGCACGUAUUCGUGGGGUUCAGCAUGUUUGGCCAAUAUAUACAGGGAGUUGGGUAUAUGCAGCCGAGCAGAGUCGAGGAGUUUGGCGGGUUGCACCACCCUUCUUCAGUGCUGGAUAUACGAGUAUUUCCUGAGAUUCCAGCCGCCAGAGGAGAGCGAGCGGUACCACGAGUUUCAGCCUCGAUGCAAGAGGUGGAACGUGCCGCCAAAAGCGGGCACGCUCGAGCAUAUUCGAGGUUUACUCGACAAUAUGACAGCGGAUGAUGUCGAGUGGCUACCGUAUGGUCGGGAUAUAUACGAGAGUAUCCCUCGUACGUUGUAUCAUGGCACGAUCCAGUACAUGUGGGUCGUAGAGACGUAUAUGCCUGAUCGUUGCGUCCGACAGUUCGGGUGA